CUCGUGCUUGAAGGAGAAAGCCCAGCCAGAAUAUGUCGUACCAAAAUCAAUUGCCGCAACGACCACCGCGUCACGAGACAUUAUAACACUGAAAUAUUGGUCGUGGUUACAAUACAAAUGGAUGGAAUACACCCAGUCUCACAUAGUCACAAAUGUUAUGGAAGUCGGCGGCGCUAAGGGCUCGGAUGCUAUCGUGGUAGCGGCCAUUGAUUUUGGUACAACCUAUUCGGGAUGGGCGUUCUCAUUCAAGCACGAGUUUGAACAAGAUCCCACGAAAGUAUCCUCCAAAAACUGGGCCGGAAGUCAGCUAGUCUCACAAAAGGGGCCGACAUGCGUGCUCAUCAAACCGGACGGGCGGACACUCCACUCAUUCGCUUACGACGCCGAGAGCAAGUAUGCUGAGCUUUCGGGCGAGGAAAAACACACGGAUUGGUACUACUUCCGGCGCUUCAAGAUGAUGCUGUUUGAUAAAAUAGGCAUGCAUAGGGACAUAAAAAUAUCGGAUGCCACAGACAAAAAACUGCCAGCGAAAACCGUCUUCAGCCUCAGCAUAAAAUACCUCAAGGACGACCUGUUGCGGAUGUCAGACCAGCAGAUAGCGGGCGGCUCCUUGCGUCCUGAAGAGAUCCACUGGGUGCUCACAGUGCCCGCCAUCUGGAACGACGCCGCAAAGCAGUUCAUGAGAGAGGCCGCGGAAGAGGCUGGCAUACCUGGGAACCGAUUAUCCAUCGCACUAGAACCGGAAGCAGCUUCGCUCUACUGUCGUCAUCUUCCGGUUGAAAAACAUGUCGGGGACCAGGCAUGUGUUAUGUCAAAGUUUAAACCGGGAGCCAGAUACCUCGUGUUGGACGCGGGAGGCGGUACGGUGGAUAUCACAGUACACGAGGUGACGGAGGGCGGCUAUCUGAAAGAGCUGCACAAGGCCAGCGGUGGCGCAUGGGGAGGCACCAAGGUCGAUGACAACUUCAAGCAGUUCCUAGUUAAUAUUGUUGGAGCUCGUGUGAUGGAACAAUUCCCACGAGAGAACAUGGAAGACUUCAUCGAGAUGUUUCGAGACUUUGAAAUCAAGAAGAGAGACAUUGGUCCGGCAAAGGAGGGCAAAGUCACCUUUAAACUUCCGGUUGCCUUUACGGAAAUGGUUUUGGAGGAAACGGGGCUGUCAUUCGGGGCCCAUCUGAAGAAAUCUCCAUAUGCGAAUAAGGUUUUGCAUAAAGGAGACAAGAUCCGUAUUGACGCUGCCGUAGUGAAGGGAAUGUUCCGCGGCCCCGUGGACAGUCUAACAGACCACGUGGCUGGUUUGCUGCGUGACGUCACCGGAUGUGCCGCAAUUGUGAUGGUCGGCGGGUUUUCGGAGUCGCCUCUCCUUCAAGACACCGUGCGUCGGAAGUUCCCCGGGAUGAAGAUUAUUGUGCCCCAGGAGGCGGGCCUGGCGGUUCUGAAGGGUGCGGUCAUAUUCGGUCACCGUCCAAAGGUCAUAACAGAACGUGUCAGCAAGUGGACGUACGGAAUCGCGUGCACACAAACGUAUACUGUGGGCAACCAUCCGGCCAGCCGAAAAUACGUUAACGUCGACGGAGUUGAGAAAGUGGAUGACAUAUUUAGCGUCCACGUUAAGGUUGGUCAACAUCUUAAACUCGAAGAGCAACAGUCAUGUAAAACGUAUCAAAUGGCGUCUGCGGACCUAGAUAGCGUCACGGUGUUUUUCUACAUCACAAAGGACUGUGACCCCAAGUUUGUUGACGAUCCAGGAUGUCACAAGGUUGGGAGGCUGGAUGUUAAAGUUCCCGGCUACGGAGCAGAGCGGCAGGUGACGGUCAGUAUGGCGUUCGGUAAAACGGAAACGGAAGGGUCCGCUAUGGUGGCGGCAACAGGAGAAGUUGUAAAAACCAAGCUUGACUUCUUGGACAUUGACUAAAUUAUGCCUAGGCAGGGAUUUUAUUAAGGGCAUAUAUACAACUGAGGUCAUUAGACAAAAACAUACAAAAAAUGUAUAAAUAACCUUUUCGUACAUACAUGUGCCAGUUUACCCUAUGUUGGAAUUUCUUAAUAAAAUUAUGUUAAUAUCGUCAUUUUUUAUAAACAAUAUACAUUCACAUGAAAAUUGUUUUUUGCAAACAUAUAUUAUUGUUUAUGAUUAACACAUACUGAACCAUCAUAUUGAUGUCAAGUCAGUAGGGGAACACAUAUUUAUUCAAAGCAUUUUUAGACUAAGUUUUUAAAAAAAAAACUAGAAUUGUGGUUUGAUCAUUAUGAUUCAGAAGUCUGUCACCAUUCAGCUAUAGCUUCCUGAACAACCACUGCAGCGUCCAGGUUUUGUUUUCCUAUUCAAAUAAGCAA